AUGUUCGGGAGGCUAAGACCGCCGCCAUCACCGCCGGACAGUCUGGAGAGAUAUCCGGCGAAGAUCAUCAAAGACGAUCCUCUCUCCGUCUACGAAUCAACACUGCUCAAGCUGAAGCAAGGCUCAAAACUGGACACUUCAUCAGAAACAGAGGGUGCGAAUCUGUCAUCAUCAUCAAACUCUGUUCAAACUUCUCAUGUCUGUUCUGAUGUGACCCUGUGCAAUGGCUCUGACGAAAUGGCUAUAGACUCGGGUUCUGGCCAAUGCCAACAGCUAAAGAACAAGAACCCAUCAGUGUUUUCCAUGUUUUGUAAGUACAAGAAGGCACACAACUUGGCAGAGACUGAACCAUGA